AUGGGACUUACCGUGUCUGCCUCCGCUCUGUCUCCAGCCACGGCUUUUGUGGCCCCUACGGAGCCUUCACCCGCGCUGCGCCGGGCACAGGUGGGUGCGGCUGCGCCUGCGGAGCGAGCUCAGCACGUGGAGCGCGGUGCCUCUUGCACCGCGCCGCUGGCUGUGGGCGUGGCUGCGGGUCUCGUGGGUGCGGCGGCGUCGCGGCGCUCCGGGCGCUCUGCGCUGGCCAAGGGGCAGGGCGUCACUGUCAGGCCCCACACCACGCCCCGGACCUUGGCCUCGGCACGGGUGGUGGUCUGCGCCGGAGCGCCCCUGGAGGGCCGCAAGCUGCGUGUGGCGGUGGUGGGCGGUGGCCCUGCAGGAGCAUCCACCGCCGACGCCCUCGCCCAGGCGGGUGUCGAGACGUACCUCAUUGAGCGCAAGCUUGAUAACUGCAAGCCCUGCGGCGGCGCCAUUCCUUUGUGCAUGAUUGACGAGUUCGACCUCCCCAAGGACAUCGUCGAUCGCCAGGUGAGGAAGAUGACCAUGAUCUCGCCUACCAACAAGGAGGUGCAGAUUGGUCAGACGCUGAAGGACGACGAGUUCAUCGGGAUGGUUCGCCGUGAGGUCCUGGAUGACUAUAUGCGACAGCGUGCCAAGAAGAACGGUGCCACACUGAUCAACGGGCUGUUCAUGGGCAUGACAAUGCCGCAGCAGAAGGGCGAGUCGUAUGUGCUGACCUACAACGACUACGAGGGCGAGGACGGCAAUGCGCGCAAGGGCGAGAAGAAGACGCUGGAGGUGGAUGUUGUGGUUGGCGCUGACGGUGCCAACAGCCGUGUGGCCAAGGAGAUCGGAGCGGGCGACUACGAGUAUGCCAUUGCCUUCCAGGAGCGCAUGAAGAUCCCAGAGAACAAGAUGGACUACUACAAGGACAGGGCCGAGAUGUACGUGGGCGAGGACGUGUCCCCUGACUUUUACGCGUGGGUCUUCCCGAAGUGCGACCACGUGGCGGUGGGCACGGGCACGGUCAUCGACAAGAAGGGAAUCCAGAGAUAUCAGCAGGGAAUCCGUGACCGGGCGGCCGUGCGCAUCGAGGGCGGUGAAAUCAUCCGCGUGGAGGCCCACCCCAUCCCGGAGCACCCCAGGCCUUGGCGUGUCAAGGACGGCGCCAUCCUCGUGGGCGAUGCGGCUGGUUACGUCACCAAGUGCUCUGGAGAGGGCAUCUACUUUGCAGCCAAGAGCGGCCGCAUGUGUGCUGCAACCAUUGUGAAGAACUCCGAGCAGGGGACUCGCUUGAUUGAUGAGGCAGACCUCAUGGAGCACAUCCGCGAGUGGGAUGCCAAGUACGGCCCAACGUAUUUAGUCUUGGACCUGUUGCAGAAGGUCUUCUACACCAGCGAUGCCGCCCGAGAGAGCUUCGUUGAGCUCUGCGAGGAGGAGUACGUGCAGAAGGUGACCUUCGACUCGUACCUUUACAAGACCGUGCAGGGCAACGACCCCGUGGGUGAUAUGAAGCUGGGAUGGAAGACCCUGAGCUCCCUGUACAAGUUCAACAACCAGAAGACCCCGGAUCCCAUGCGCACCCUGGCAUGA